AUGCCGCUGACCGCAGGCGCCCCUCCCACCACUGCCCGGCCCCAGGUCCUGCAGCUUCCCGGGCCCCUGGCUUCCGCGCCCUCUGGCUUCGGGCCCUCCGGCUUCCCCGGCCGCGCAGCGCGGUCCCACCACCCGCCGGACGCGGCCUCGGCGAGCUGGCGCAGGCUGGGCCGCCGUCACCCCAGCGCCUGCGGGGCGGAGGGGGCCCGCCCCGGACAGUCUUUCCAGGCGGCAGCCCCUGGGCAGCACCCAGUCCCACCUGCACUGGCCGCCUCGGGGCCGGGGGCUUCCGCAGCUGUCACAGCUCCCAGGGGCCUGGGGGGCGCCAGCCGGGCCUCCGUUCCCCAGGGCAGGCCGGCCAGCCCGCCCCCGGCAGCUCUGCCCUCGGGGGCUGUCCGCGCAGUCGCGCAGCUCAGGGCCCGGAUCGAGGCCUCCAACUGCCCGCGUACCGGGCAGGCUUUUCCCCACACCUCCUGGGACGGGCUCCGGGCUACCUGGGCGGCGCGGAAGCGCAUGUGCAGUGGGCAGGCAGCGGGAGAGAGUGGCCUUUACCGCAGGAGCUGGCGGCCCCACGGCCUUGCAGAGCAGCCUUCACGCCAGCAGAGUGUGGCCCUGCCAGGACCAGACUCUCGGCUAGUGCUCCAGACUCGGCAAAUGUAG